UAGGUCUCUAAUUUACUAAGCACGCACGAAGCCCUAAGUAUAUUCACAUAUAUGGAAAUAAAAACAGCGAAAAUUUAGUUUGUAUAUUAUUUCUAAUAAAAUAUUUACAUUUUUGGAUAAUAAUGUUAUAUUAAUCAUGUAAAAGAUUGCGUCUUUUUUAUAUACAUUAUAUAAUUUAUAAAUUAAAUACUGUAACGUUCUUAUCGAUUGAAAUAUGGAAUAACAUAAUUAGAAUACUUGGCCUCCAGUACUAUCAGUCGAAUUGAAAUCUAUCUUCCAGUUCAGUCGUCAUUACACCAAUCAUUUUAAUUGACCUCAAUCAGUCCUGGAGAGUUCGAUAAGCGUCUUCAGUUCUGUCAUUUGAGAACGAUAUUAUUAUAGGAAAUCAGCGUAAAAGAUGAGCGAGCCAAUAAAUGUGGUGGUUACGGGAGCUGCAGGGCAAAUUGCAUAUUCUUUAUUGUACCAGCUUGCUGCUGGUUCAGUUUUUGGUCCAAAUCAACCAAUAAAUCUUCGUUUAUUAGAUAUUCCUGUUAUGAUGAAAGUAUUGGAUGGAGUAGUUAUGGAAUUAGAAGACUUAGCUCUUCCACUUCUGAAAGAAGUUGUUCCUACAGCUGAUCCAAAUGUAGCCUUCAAAAACGUAGCUGCAGCCUUUCUUGUUGGAGCAAUGCCCCGAAAAGAAGGAAUGGAGAGAAAAGAUCUCCUAGCUGCUAAUGUAGAAAUUUUUAAAGUUCAAGGAGAAGCUCUAGACAAACAUGCUCGAAAAGAUGUUAAGGUCUUAGUUGUUGGCAAUCCUGCUAAUACAAAUGCCUUAAUUUGUUCUCAUUAUGCACCUUCUAUUCCAAAGCAAAAUUUUACUGCUAUGACUAGAUUGGAUCAAAAUCGUGCUCAAGCAGCUUUAGCAGCACGACUAAAUGUACAGGUUGAUAAAGUAAAAAAUGUUAUUAUCUGGGGCAAUCACAGUUCAACUCAAUAUCCUGAUGCAGCUCAUGCUACUGUAACCCUUCAAGGUUCCACUAAGCCAGUGCCUUCAGCCAUAAACAAUGAUAACUGGUUAAAUACUACUUUCGUGGAAACAAUUCAAAAACGUGGUGCAGCUGUGAUAGCUGCUAGAAAAAUGUCAUCUGCAAUGUCAGCUGCUAAAGCAGCUGGAGAUCACAUGAGAGAUUGGUGGUUGGGUACCAAACCAGGAGAAUGGGUUAGCAUGGGGGUGUUGUCUGAUGACAGUUAUGGAAUUCCAAGAGAUAUUGUGUUCUCUUUCCCAGUUACUAUAGAAAAUGGACAAUACAAAAUUGUUCAAGGACUUCCAAUCAGUGACUUUGCUAGAUCAAAAUUAAAUAUUACAUCCAAAGAAUUAGAAGAGGAACGUGCAGAAGCAAAUAAUGUGCUACACAAAAAGUGACUAAAAUCAGUAAAGUAUGGUACUGAGAGUGAUUUACUUGUUUCAGCAAAAUUAUAAAGAAUACAAAAAAAUUUUUAAUGGUAUGAAUUGUGAUAUGUAAUAUACUAUGGUUAUGGCCGUAUGAAAUUCAUGGUUUUAAGACACAAUAUGUUAGUAGUAUAUAUUGAUGAUACAUGAUGUGGGGUCUAAUGAGAUAUCUAUACAUCUUUCCUAACUAGUACAGGAAUUGUUAAAUACAUAUGUUUAUAUUCAUAAACUGUGUAAAACAUAUAACAAAUUAUAUUGAAAAACAUGUUAUAGUUUAUAA